AUGGAUGUAGAAUAAAUAGAACUCAACAUGGCGCCUUAAAUAUCUGAUUAGAAUUAAGGGAAUGAUUAAGUCCAAAGUUCAUAGCUUGUUCUUAAUGCAGUGAUGCAAGAUGCUCGACAAUCUUAUUUAUUAAAGAAAGGAAGGCUUUAAUUUCUGACUUUAAAGAGAUUGACACAAGCUAUUCUAAUUUACAGAAUACUUUAUGUUCUCCUUUGUUUUAUCCCAUUUUAUAAGUGUCCUUUUGAAUGCAAUAACACUCUUUUAAAUAUUUUGUUGCUAAUCUGUAUUGGAUUGGAAUUGUAAAUAAUAUAUUUAUGAUUAGAUUGAAGAUAGCUGAAACCAUAUAUUAAUUAAGGAAGGUUUCAUUUUAUUUGAUUCUCAUCGACUUAUAUGAUGCCUUAUAAGUUAUACCAUUUACACUGAAUGACUUUUAAACAAUAUUUGCUUUAAGAUAUGCCCUAGACUAACUUCACAAAAAGGCGUUCUAUUUUAGAAUCACCAUAAACAUGUAUAAAACAUAAUAUAUUUUCAGAAUUUGGGUCAUUUACUACAUAAUUUAUGUUGCCUUCUUUUUUAGCUUUGCUCAUUAUUAUACAAGUAUUAGAUCUAAUUAUUUUAGGUGAAUAAAAUGUGAUUGUGAGCUUUAUGCUAAUCAUCAUUUCCUUGGACUCAGUCUUUUUUAUAUUUCCAUAUGUAUUUCACUGUAUAGGAUGGUUUUGCUAUAAAUGUUAUGAUGCAAUAAAGAAACUAACAUCAAAAAAUAAUGUAAGUAUCUUCAACAUACUUAGAAACUUCUCAGAUCUUUGAAAAAAGAGAAAUAUGUUGAAGGGUAAUAAUUGACUGAUGAAAAUAUAUGUAUCAUUUGCUGGGAUUCCUUCAAAAAUGAUGAAUACUAUACAAGAUUAAAAUGUAAUAAAAACCACAUAUUUCACACUACAUGUAUUCAAGUUUGGAUUAAAACCAAUAUAACUUGUCCAGUUUGUAGAUCUUAGUUAGUUUGA